CCCCUCCCUACCAAUCCAAUUGUAUCUAACCUCACUUUUCUUCUAGUUUUUUAAAUUUCAAAUUGUUUUGAAACGUGUGUGUAGUGUGUAUUUUUAAAGUCUCCCAAAACUAAAAGUUAUGUUUUAAAUCAACCAAACAUCCAAUGGCUAGUAAAGUUUUCCUACCCUCGAGGAGCUUGGGGUAUGUCAGCAAUCACUUACCCCUACGUGUGCGCUACAUAAAAAGUCGCCAAGAAAAUCUCAUAGUGACUUGUGUAGGCAAAUCGUUUCAUACUUAUGGAAUUUCGCAUUUUGGGCUCUUAAGCGUAAGUCGUUUACAUUCCGGAGAUAUAACUUGUAUGACUACAGAUGCCUAUCAUGUAUACACGGCUUGUGAAAAUGUUAUUUACGCUUGGAGAAGAGGCACAGAACUGCAACACACUUACAGAGGCCAUAGUCAACCGAUUAUUCUCAUGCUCCCCUUUGGGGCACAUCUAAUUUCUGUAGACGACAAUGGCAAAGUUAAAAUCUGGGACAUAAAAUCAGAAACUCUAUAUUUGGAAUUAACAUUUGAUCAAAGCACUUUCGACAUAAGUGCCCUAAUGCAUCCAAGUACCUACAUAAAUAAGGUCCUAUUUGGUAGUAAUAAGGGCCAAAUGCAGCUGUGGAACCUCAGCAAAGUUAAAAUGGUUUACAGCUUUAAAGGUUGGGAUUCUGGUGUAAGUUGUAUUGAACAAGCGCCAGCGAUUGAUGUGGUUGCAGUUGGUUUGGUAACGGGACGGAUAAUUUUGCACAAUUUGAAAUUCGAUGAGAGUAUUAUGGAGUUUCAACAAGACUGGGGAUUGGUUACUAGUAUUAGUUUUAGGUCAGACGAGCAUCCUAUUAUGGCAACAGGUAGUACCUGUGGUCAUAUAGUAUUUUGGGACUUAGAAGAAAGACGCGUCAGCAGUCAAUUACAAUCAGCGCACGAUGGCGCUGUAACUGGCAUGGUUUGCCUGCCAAACGAGCCACUCAUUCUAACUUCGUCCCCUGACAACACUUUAAAGCUAUGGAUUUUUGACAUGUCAGACGGUGGAGCAAGGCUUUUGAGGAUCAGAGAAGGUCAUUCAGCGUCGCCCAAUCACAUAAGAUUCCACGGGGCCAAUGGGCAUAAUAUUCUCAGUGCAGCCAGUGAUUCUACUUUGAGAAUAUUUAAUACGCAAACAGAGCAGUUUAAUAAAAGUUUAGGCAAAGCUUCAUAUAAUAGAAAGAUUAGUAAAAAGCGGGGCAGAGCUGUUGAAGACCCUUUAAAAAUGCCACCAAUUUUACAAUUCACAUCUGAAACCACUAGAGAUAAGGAAUGGGACAGCAUUGCAGCCAUUCAUUUGGGAUUAUCAAUGGUUACCAGUUGGUCUUAUGACAAGAAAAAAAUGGGAGAACUUAAAUUAGUGCCUGAAAGGUUUCAAAAGAAAAAUUUAAAAAACAGACUUGAACCUGAAGCAACUUGUUUAUGUUUAACUCAUUGUGGCAAUUUCGUUAUUGUUGGUUACAGCACAGGACAUGUAGAUAGAUUUAAUAUCCAAUCAGGUUUAUGGAGAGACUCUUAUGGAGACCCAAAAGCCCACACUAGUUCUAUAAGAGGUGUAGCCACAGAUGGUCUGAAUCAAAUUACAAUUACAGCUGCCAAUGAUGGCGUUGUAAAAUUUUGGAGGUUUAAAAAUAAAGCCCAAGAGCAUCUUAGUAAAUUAAACCUUGAAGAAUCUGUAAGCUUCUUUAGGUCUCACAGAGAAAGCUCUAUGUUGGCAGUGGCCUUGGAAGACUUUAGCGUAUCAAUUGUUGAUAUUGACACUAGAAGAGUUGUAAGGAAAUUUAUUGGUCACACAGCUCAAUUGACUGAUGCUACUUUUAGUCCUGAUUCCAGAUGGCUAAUUACUUCAUCAAUGGAUUGUAGUGUUAGGACUUGGAAUAUCCCUUCAGGUCAACUAAUCGAUCAGUUUGCAACUGAAGCGGCUCCAAUAUCAAUCGAUAUGUCUCCUACUGGGGAAGCUCUUGCUACAGCUCACGUAGAUUAUUUGGGUAUAUUUUUAUGGACAAACAGAACCCUUUAUCAAAAAGUGACCUUAAAAGCCUUAUCUCCUCAAGAGGAGCCUCCUUUAGUUGAAUUACCUGAAGUACUUCAAGAGCACAAAGAAGAAACUGCUGAAGAGCAAGACACAAAUGAAUUUAUAUCUCCUGAACAAAUUAGUAAAGAUUUGCUUACUUUGUCAGGUUUGGCCACUUCUAGAUGGCAAAACUUGUUAAAUAUUGAUUUAAUUAAGCAAAGAAAUAAGCCUAAGGCUCCUCCAAAAGCUCCUAAAGCAGCACCAUUUUUCCUGCCAACUGUAUCCACCCUGAGUAACUUCCAGUUUGAUUUAAAAGAUUCUUUGCCUACUGAAGAUGGCCAUGACAAAUUACUAAUGCCAGAGGAUUUCACAAAUUAUACAGAAUUCGGAAAGAUAUUGGACAAAAACAACUUCACUGAUUGUAUAGAAAAACUGAAAUCCUUUGGCCCUUCAAUGAUAGACUUUGAAAUAAAAAGCCUUGCCCCUGAAGGGGGAGGAUCUGUAAAGCUAAUGCUUCAAUUUAUGAAGCUUUUAGAAUCGAUAUUUAAAUCGAACAAAGAUUUCGAGCUGGCAGAAGCUUAUUUGAGCGUUUUUCUCAAGUCGCAUGGCAAUUUUGUGGCCGAACAAGAAAUCUUGAGGAGCUUUUUGCCUAAUCUGAGUAACUGUCACGGAGUUGUGUGGAAAAGGCUGCAAGAAAAGUUACUGUAUGGAAUGUGUGUGGUUUCAAAUUUGAAAACUAUGUGAAAUUAUGAAAUAAAUUUUUGUUUAUUAGGUGUAUUUUUUCAUUCAAAUAGGAAAAUUUGAAAAGCUGCUAUUCUGGGCUUUGUUAAGGCAGUGGCGGCGAUAUGCAUAAGCGGAUAUAAGCAAUGCUUAUAGGAGCCUGGGAACAAAGGUGCUUCGAAAUAAAAUUGAGAAAUAUAAAGACUGAUAUCGAUCGAUAAAUUUAACUGGUACAUUACUUCCAGUUGCCGCCGCUGAAAAGUCAUUAAGUAAAUUAAAAAUAUUGGGAUAUUACUUGAGAAAUUCCAUAAGUCAGCAUAGACUGCAUGAUCUUUCUAUUUUGUCUAUCAGACAUAGCACAGCAUCGAAUAUUUUACUCCAAAACAAUUAUCCAAUAGAUAAUCAAAAUUUGAACUAUUACCGGCUCUUGAUUCUCUGGAAACCUUUCCUAGAGCCAAUCAAGAGUUGGUAAUAGUCAAAAUUUGAACUUUUAUUAACUCUGGAUUCGCUAGAGAAUUUUUCUAAGGGCAUUCAAAGCUCAAGAGCCGAUAAUAAUAAAAAUUUCGAAUGAUCAUA